AUGACGACGUCAGCUCCUGGUGCACUGCACGCUCGCGUGCACAAGCUUCUGGGAUCCCAAGCAGAGCUUGAAGCAACUAAGACUAUUCUACAAACGUUAGUAAAGGAUGUUUCGAACUCUAGUACUUCACUCGUGCAGUUAGAAACGUCCGCAAGCUCGGGAAUGCCCACGUUAGCAACUUUGCGGCGUAAUUUACGCUCUAAUUUAGAAACGCAACAAUUGGCGUUGGCUCAAAAGGCUUUGGUCAAUUUAGAACACAUUUUAGAACAAGUUUUAAAUUUGACUACUCAAGUAGACGUGUUGGACUAUAAAUGUGAACAGGUGUACAAAUUUUUAGAAACUACUAAAACCGAGACACAGCAAGCACAGACCGAGGCAGCGGCUUUAGCGACGACAAGGGACACGAUGCAAGAGCAGUGGAAGGAGACCAAGGCAUUUCUAGAUCGGUAUCAAUUAACAGAGGAGGAAGUGCACAUGUUGUAUGCCGAGCAUUUAGUAGACGAAGAGAUGGAGACUUUUUUUAGUACUCUGGAGCGAGUUCAGCAGAUUAAAGAGGACUGCAAAGAGCUAGCAGCGAUAAAAGACGUUACUUGCGGAUUUGAGCUGCUAAAAACAGCUGAAAAGCACCUGGAAGCUGGGUUUGAAAGGCUGUACAGGUGGACGAAUAAGAAAUGCGCAGAAGUAGAUGAAGAUCCAAGCAGUAUGUUGCAUCGAGCUAUUACCUUGCUUAAUGAUCGUGAAGAGUUUUAUAAUAACUGCAAAGAAAGUUUGACAUCGUCGCGGCGGUUGUUGAUAGUACGUCGCUUUAUCAUGGCGUUAACGGUAGGCGGGCCAAAUGGAAUACCACGGCCUAUCGAGUUGCACGCACACGACCCAGUGCGGUACUGCGGUGAUAUGCUGGCGUGGAUCCACCAGGCCAUUGCGACAGAGAACGAAUUCUUUCGCGUGCUCUUUAAUGACGAUGUGGACUUCAGUCCUUCUGCUGCUACUGAUCUCUUGCAAACAAGCGAGGCAAGUAGGAGAAACAUGCUUGACGGUUGUUUGCUACAGAUAGACAAACCGCAGGGACAUAUCGAUGGCGUGAUCGAAGAGAUUUGCACGUCUAUGGUUGGACAUGCGAUUGAUGGUGUAUCACGGCCACUACAAGUGAGGGUGGAGCAAACGCUUAGCUCUCCCCACGGCAUCGUGACCGCCUACAAGUUGUGUUGUCGUGAGGCCGCAAAUGAAGCGUUUUGUCACCAGUUACAGCAACUUGUGGAUGCUGUUGCAGCUUCGUCUCAGGACUAUACCGUGAGCCUUGCAGCCACACACGUUACACUGGAUGUUUCACACCGUUUAGUAGCACUGCUCGAAGUGUUUCAAACGUCGCUGCUAGCCGAGCGAGAAAAGGAAGCUGACUUAGCACCUGUGUUCGAUGGAGUUUUGUCAGCAGUGGAGCUCAUGUGUCAGCGCAGCGUGGCAGGUUUGGAUCCUGCAGAAGCACUCAUUUUUCGCAUCAAUAACUUUAGCUGUCUGCAUACACCUCUGACACGAUUUCCUGAAGCGACGAAGUGGUGUACUAAGAUGGGCCACGAUUUGGGGCGUUGGCUACAAGAUUUGAGCGAAUUGCAAGCCUCGUGCGUGAUGGAUCAAUGCCACGUGGCCGCGCUUCUACAAUGCAUUCAAGAUUUUCAGCAACGCCAUGCAUCCAUAGCGAUGGACUCUGGCACGUCGCCAGCAAAUGCACCUGGUCUUGAUGGGGAGACAAUUACACGAGCAAUGGCAGAUUUCUGCGCAUCCCUCACGACAUUGAUAUUCCCUCAGCUUGAUAGCUUAGCACAACCUGCGCUUUCAGACAAGGCCCGCGCACUAUCGUCUGCGACGCUUGCCGGCACUCAUGAGCCGAUCUCUUUAUCUGCUUCGGGUGAACGGAACCGUCGUGUUGUGCUGGAACACACGCCUGAAGAAAUCCGUACUGUGCUCGAAAUCGAUGGAGAAUUGGGCGAAAAGGUAAGAAGAUCCUUCCUCGUCGUCUCCUUCGCUAUCAUCUGA